AUGGCGGCUGAAAAUGGUUCCCCAAACAAUCACAAACUCGAAAGAAAGGAGACAAAAUGCAAUGUGUUUAUCAGUCAGGAAAAGCCGAACCAGCCUGUCAUCUUUAACCCGGACUUCUUCGUGGAGCGGCUGAGACAUGAACAUCCGCAGGCUUUCACGGAGCUGGUACUUAGCAACAUCAGUCGAAUGAUAGAUCUUCCUGGGGACGAGUUUGCCCAGCUUACUGGAGACUCCGAGCCUAGAGUCCCCUCAUCCAGCGGCUUUCUACGCUCCUUUAACUUCCUGAAACGGAAAGACAAAGGAGUUGUUUUUGGUGCACCAUUAACUGAAGAAGGAAUCGCACAGAUCUAUCAGCUCAUCGAGUACCUGAAUAAAAACCUUCAUGUGGAGGGGCUGUUUCGUGUGCCAGGCCACAGCUUAAGGCAGGCAGCCCUGAGGGAGAUGCUGAACACCGGGGCAGAGAUAGAUCUAGAGACAGGCGAUUUCCACCCCAAUGAUGCCGCAACAUUGCUCAAGGCCUACUUGGGAGAGCUUCCAGAGCCUCUGUUGACACACAGACACUAUCAUGCUCAUCUGAAGAUUGGAGAGUUGACUCGCUUUGAUGAUAAAGGGAAUAAGACAAAUGUGCCAGAUAAGGAACGCCAGAUCGAGGCGUUUCAGCUCCUGUUUAUGCUUCUCCCACCUGCCAACCGGAGCUUGUUGAAGCUGCUGUUGGAUUUACUGCACAGCACAGCUCGCAAUCAGCACUCCAACAAGAUGUCUGCUAUCAAUUUAGCCAAGAUGUUUGCUCCACACAUCAUCUGGCCCAAAAAUGUAAUGGCAAGUGAUCUUCAGGGAGACAUAGAAAAACUCAAUAAUGGCAUAGCAUUCCUUAUUAGACACUCACAAAAACUGUUCAAGGCGCCUGCGUAUAUCAAAGAAUAUGCCCGCUUGUACUUCACAGGAUCAAAAGCUCUUCAGUCAAAUGAUGACUUGACUCUCUGUUCUGGGGCCAAAGAGGACCCUGUGACUGCAGUAACAGUGGCCUCCCCUUCUCCCUCCAUAACAACAGUCACAUCUGAUACUCAGAGUUACACUGAAUCAGCCCUCAGAGAGCUUUACCAGCAAGUGAGCAGCAUGCCAGAGUCUGCCAAAAAGAAAAAACUCAUCAGACAGAUCGAGAAACAGACACCCUCAGCAGACUCUCGGGCACCAUUCAGCAGGAGGCACUGGCGUUCACGCUCUUGGGGUGGAAUAAUAAAGAAGAAAGUGUUUGGAAGCCAAAUGUUAGCUGAGAAAGAAAAUGGCAGACCACAAAAUCAUCUACCCAGCUGCUCUGCUGAUGGACAGGAUUAA